AUGUCUGGUGUCGGCGAGGCUCUCGCCAUAGUGAGUUGCGUUGCUGGGCUGAUUCAAGCCUAUGACGCCGGUGCCCGCAUCGUCCGACAAAUCAAGGCUCGUCGACAAGCCCACGAUGCCCUCCCGCCCACUGAUCGCCUUGAAGAAACGAUCGAGAACGGCAAGAAAGAGAUAGAACAAGUCCUUGCGAAGGGUACAUUUGACCAGGGAGACACCAUCGCGAUCAUUGCGCUGCUGAAGAUAACCGUCGAUACUCAAAAUGCUCUCUUGGAGGGCCUGGCACAAGCCAGAGUCGACGAUAGCAUCAUCGACUUUGAAGAGUGCAUUGAUGCCUCAGCCCAGAACCGCCUCAACGCAGUCAUUGAACUUCAGAAGCUAGAAAGGCGCAUGUUGGCGCAAGAAAUAGAGCGGAAGAGACAUGUCCUGCAACAACAACAACAGGAAGAAACACCUUCCCAGACGGCACGAGCCAGCGCAACUGCGGUGACCCCUGAUCGACAGCCUUCCUCACAACAGCCGAGAGCAGCACAACCAGAGCAACCACCCCCUAGGCCAUUGCAGCAAAAUGGCAGAAGGUCGAGUGCUUUAGGCAGAAUGCUCCGUCGCAGAGAGACCAACUCAGAGAUUGACCGGUCAUCCCAGGUGACGACUAGUUCCGCAGGGUCUUUGCCAAAUGACUCACCUGGACCAUCCCAACGAGAAGGCCUGUUUCAACUGCAAGACACUCCUGUCUUGAACAAUUCUACCUCUCCGUGGUCCAGCCCUGGUAGUCGAUCUUCUGUAGGUACAUAUGACUCGGCUUUGCAGCCCACGCGCCCACCCACCCGCCUGAACACCGAGCCAGGCCACGUCCCGACUGUUUCGAGACAGUCGACAGCUCUAUCCACGAUGUCGGCCGUCUCAAGCUUGUCCACGGCGUCUACUGUGUAUCCCAUCACCAAUUUUGGUGGUUUUUGCAAAUAUGCCCAUGACCUUCGCGGAGGGUCUGCCAAGAAGGCAUUGUCCCGGAUUCUUUUAGGCACAUAUCAUACCGACGUUGCCUACAAAUGUGCCAGCACAAAAUGCAACUUUGCGGCCAAAGCCCUGAAAAAGAAUAAUAGCUAUGAGAUUGAUGAUCGCAUCCGGCAAUAUGCGGAUGGUGUUCGCUAUCGGUGGUUAUUUCUUGCCAAAUCACACGUGCGGCAACAGAGAGACAGCGACCGCUCGUUGUUUCGGUGUAUGAUAUGCACGAUGCUGGGUGACGAAGCUGGUCUCUUUGAAGGGAGCAAAAAUCUACUCGCACAUGUUGCCACCCAUCAAGGUGUGUCGCUGGGCGGCACCCAGCUCCAAGGCCCAAUGGUCUUCUCCAAUCAUGGCGCAGCCUCUGCUUCUGAGAACGACUUCGACCUCAGUCUCUCUCAGCCUACGACUUCAACGACAGCCGUGGAACCUCGGCAGCACGGUGCUGCAGUUGUGGUCGCCGCGAGCGUCGCAAUGAAUAGCACAGUCGAAAGUGCAAUGCUGUUGAAAGAGAUUGCUCACUCUUCGACCUAUGAGCCUUAUGAUGAUGAGGAGAAUCCUUGGCUCAGUGAAGGGCGGUAG